AUGCUCCGCCGGAAGAUCCAGUCCCCCAGCCCCGCGCUCCCCGGGCUCGGCCUGGCGCCGCAGCUCCUCGACGCGCUGCUCCUAGCCGCGCGGCGGUUCUACGCCGCCCCGACCCCAUGCCAGCUGCUCACGCAGAUCUGCCUGGCACUCGCCGAGCUCGCGCUCCACGCCGAGGGCGGCGUCGAUAGCCUCUUCUCACGGAUGCCGCACCUACCGCCCCCCGCCAUGCUGGAGCUGCUCACCGUGCUCCCUGAGGAGGUUGCGCAGGACCAGGGCGGCGACACGGGGGUCGACGCUGCCGCGCGGUGCCGGUUCACGCGCGAGCUGCUCACGCACGCGCCCGCCAUGCUCGAGUUCCUCCAUGGGCAAUCCGAGAAGGCACCCACCGAUGACGACGGGGUUCCCCUCCGCGGGUGGGCGCCGUAG